AUGGGAUGUGUUUGCAGUAAGCAGUUAGGAGCAACAAGGCAUGAAGACAUUUCGCUUCUUGCUUCUCAAACCUUUUUUAGUGAGGCUGAGGUUGAAGCUCUGCAUGAAUUGUUCAUCAAACUCACUUCUUGUCUCAACAACGACAAGUUUGUGACCAAAGAAGACUUUCAACUCAUCUUAGUCAAAGACAACGAGAGACGUAGUCUUUCUGCAGAACGGAUUUUCGGAUUGUUCGAUAUGAGAAACGAUGGGGCUAUAGAUUUUGGAGAGUUUGUACACUCUCUCAACAUUUUUCACCCAAACUCGUCACAGAGAGAUAAAGCCAUAUUUGCAUUUCGAUUAUACGAUACUCGUCAGAAUGGAUUCAUUGAACCGGAAGAGGUGAAAGAGAUGAUAGUAGAUGUUCUUGAAGAAUCAGAACUUAUGCUAGCAGAGAGUACCAUCGACUCUAUUGUGUCUAAGACAUUUGAAGAGGCGGAUUGGAAAAAAGAUGGGAAAAUAGAUUUGGAAGAAUGGGAGAAAUUUGUGGCCACCUAUCCUUUGACGCUCAAGAACAUGACCAUCCCUUUUUUGAAGGAUAUACCAAGGACAUUUCCUAGACAUUGA